AUGGCAACAAAUGAUUAUAUUCCGCUUGAUUUGGCCAAUCUUCAUCCACCGGAUGAGAGUUUGUGUGAAGCGGCCGGGCAACUUGGUCUAUUCACACUGUACUCGAUACAGAAAUUGAUUACUUUCAAAAUGGGUCUCCUUUUUGUUUACGCUAUGAACAAUUGCAUAUCACAUGGUCAUCUCUUGGUGUUGAGAGUUUUCUUUGGCGGUCAACCAUGUAUGUUUGUUUUAUCCGCGAUCUAUUGUCUACCACUGAAAAUCAUUCAUCUCUGCGUCUCGACUUGUCUCUCCACGACCCUUUUCAUGAUUCUUCUUGAGCGUGCCAUUGUCGUCUUUUCUCAGCAUCAUUCCCCAUUAAGCAAUUCGGUGGCGAAAGGCUUCAUUUUUCUUGAACUUCUCGGCAUGAUCGGUAUCACAAGUUGGGCUUUGUCUACAGAGCUUCGUUAUGAUUUUCAAGUUCUUCACUGUAUGGAGGAUACGCCAACAAGCCUUCCACUAGUAAAUUCGAUGUCCGAAUUUUGCAUUGCCAUCGACACGAUCACCCUCAUUUCGGCAAUUCUUUUGGUGGUCUAUUGUCGGCGGAGGAUCAAGAAAAGGUGCUUCAAUAAUUUGCAUAUCGAUUCUCUGCACUACUCCUACUCAUUGCGAUAUUCGGAGAUCGUCUUGCAAGGUUUCCUCCCAAUCAUCAUUUACCAUACUCUUAUCAUCUAUUUCUUCAACGGUUUUUCCCUUAUUCAACGCGGUAUGAUUAUCUCGGAUUACGUCACUCGGAAGAGCAUUCAGGGACUCGGAAAUAUUUUACCAUAUUACACAUUGACAUGUCCAAUUUUGUACGUUUGGGUGUUGGGGAAGUUGAGAGAAAGACGAGGCUCCGAAUUCUCGAAAAGUCAAAAGCCGAAACUCCACGGAAAAGUCGUCCCAAUUGGCGAGGUUUAUUAUGAGAAUUUGCGGAUUUUGUGGACGAAA